AUGCCGCUACAUGUGCUACCCAACCAGACCAAUUUGGUGGUAUGCGGCCUGUCCGGGAAGCGCUACUCGGGCGUGGCGGAGUUGCAUGAUUUUCUCAAGCCUUUGCUCCCAGAUGGGGUUGUACUUAUUCCACGGGAUGGCCUUUGCUCUGCUGAAGCAUUGAAUCGCUAUGUGAGGUGGGCGUGUGCUUGCUUCUUCAUCCGGGUUGAAGCUCCAGAUUCGGUUCGAGAGGCCAAGGGCUGGAAAGAGAAGUUUGGACCCGAUGAUUUGGUGAGGGACGAGCACUGGACAGAGCUUGCACUUGAUGACUGGGAUGGUUGGGAUGCAGUAGUCCACCACAAUGGGGACAGCUUUGCGCUGCAAGCAGAAGCUCAGCGCUUGGCAAUUCGUGUAUCUGACUUGCGAAGGAGCCCAGAACUUUCUCAGCAUCGAGCAGUGCCAGAAGCAGCUGUGAAGCAGACUGAGUUUACAACGCCGAUGCCAGAGUGUAUGAAAUUUGGUGGGGCGGAGGCAUACGUACCCUCGACCGUGGCACAGCCAUCCCCUCAACAAGCCGCUGCUUUUGCGAGAGAGGCUACAGAGGAUCUCUUGGAGUCCCCAGGCGCCAAAGAGCCCCUGGAGAUUUUGUCACCGCCACCGCCCAGCCGACCUGCAGCAUUGGCCUGUACAGAUGUGCCAGCUGCACAAGCCCAAGAGGUGGGAGAAUGCGAAUCAGCUGCACCGGUCGUGGCCGAGCUCCCGGGCGACGGCGAGCUCGAGAUGUCUGUGAAGUGGCCAACUUCAUCAGAGUGGUGGCAGGGAUAUGGAUAUGGAAGUUGGUGGAACCAUGGCUGGAGUGACUGGAGAUCUCAGGACCACUGGGAAUACACCUGGGGUCAGGCUGGAACAACCUGGAGCCCUUGGCGCUAUGAGCGCAGCGAUUGA